GGCCGGGAGGCGGCGUCGCCGCGGCUCCCAGAGCCGAGGGCCGGGCGCGGUGUCGCAGGCGGAGUGGAGCCCGGAGCCCGGGCAGGAUGCGCCUCGCCGGCCCGCCGCCGCUUUUGCUGCUGCUGCUGCUCCUGGCCGCGCUCCCCGUCCGGGGCCGCCGGGAGCCCCCCGCGCCGGGGCCGCCACAGGCCGCGCAGGGCCCCGCCAACGCCACCCGGCCGCCGCCGGAGCCGCUGGGCGCCCCCGGGAACCACAGCGGCGCCCAGGUCAGCCUGCUGCCCGCGCUGCUCCGGGACCUGUCCGCGCUCAAGGCCGCCGUGAUCGGGGCGUGUGUCCUCAGCGCCGGCCUCAUCGGCUGCCUGCUGCUGCGGGUCUGCAGGUCUGGCAAGAGGAUUAAAAAGACACGGAAGUACGACAUAAUCACGACCCCGGCUGAGCGAGUAGAAAUGGCCCCUCUGAACGAAGAUGAUGAUGAUGAUGAAGACUCGACAGUGUUUGAUGUGAAAUACAGGUAAAGCCGUUGCAUGGAGCACCGGUUCCCUGUGAGAAGUCAGUCAGCUGUCGAGAGCCCUGCUGAAGCUUAACUGUGAAGGAGAAGCUUUCAUCUCUGCAAUAUUGAAACCAAAACAAACAUUGCUGCCUCCGUGAUGUUAUUUAUACAGCACACAGCAGCAGGGUGUUUGAUUCUCUGCCCAAAAUGUCACCAUUAAACUCCUGGUUUCCAAACUUCCACAGUAGAAUGACCUGAGAUCCUCCUCGUAGACUCUGCUCUGUUGCUUGAAGAGGCUGUGGGGUUGCUAAAGCAUAUGGGGUGGAUACAGCACUGUGUAUAGACUUUCUGCACUCACUGGUCCAAAUAAAUUUUUGUAAAAGGUGGGGGAAAACCCCAAAAUUAGACCCCAAAAGACUUUUUCCUCUAAAAGCUGAAUCAGAUACUUUUGGUCUCUGUUAAACAGAUCUUGUGUUUUAAAGACUUGGAAUUGUAUGAUCCUGGACCUAGAGAAAUACUUGCCCAUCUGAUGAAGGCUGGUGGCUGAAACUGUGCUGAAAUGUUACAGUGUGCGUGGUGUUGGGUUCUUUAUUUUUUUAAUUUUGUGACUGUUGUAAAAAAUUGUAAUGACUUGCUACUGAUUUUAACAAUUGCACUAAACCCUCCUAUAAUGAUGUACUCGUUUUCCAACAGAGCUCUGGUCAGACUUAGUUAAAUAACAUGAGACCAUAGGGAAGCAGAAAAACUAGGCAAAUACCGUACUACAGAAAUCUUGGAUUAGAGGAAAUAGAUGUCUAUUUUUGUAAUUCCCCGCCCUUCAUAGGAAGUAAGACAACAUUUUUUGCCAUCUUGUGUCCUCUCCUGGCUGUAACUCUUCUGCUACUCAAAUUUUUAAUCAAUCUUUUUAUGAAAGAUCUGAUACGCGGUUGUUAAAUUUCAGGAAGAGAACACUGGUUCUUCCUGCCCCCUUCUCCUUGAAAGCAUUCGUGCAAAGAAUCCUCUCUGCACCACCCUGGAAAUCUGCCCGCCGGCUGGCUGCCAAAUCCCAUAUUACACUAAGAUAUGUUUUUCCCCUUGCUAUCUACAAUGCUUCACACUGGUAGAGCUGUCGGAUUGCUAUUUUAAAAAAACUAGAAUAUCUGUAAUCUAGGCUGAUUAAGAUCCAUAGCCUAUGAGUUCUGUGCAUAAAUUCAGUGCCAUUCUUUGAAAGCUCUGAGUUCAAAGUUAUUGGCAUGGUUGUUCUGUUUUACAGUGUUCUUGAAAAGCAACUACAGUUCUGAUGAGCUUUGCUUGACAUAUUGACACUCUUAUUGUGUGUUCUGCCAAUAUUUAUGUCAAAUACCCUUUUACUUUAGGAUUUUAACCCAUUUGGAGCCUCUCUUGCCUUUAUGAUGUUAAAAUUACCUCCUGUUUUUGGAACGUACCAACAUUUGCUUGACUCUUUUGGUAAAUUCUGCAAUUUGCUUGGUGGGUUGUGACUGCUAAGAGUCUGUUGCAAAGCUGCCUCUCUGUAAUGACUGCUCAAAGGCUGCUCAUGGAAUUCUUGAUUUGUUAUCAUGACAGUAGGUUAUACUACUCUCACUUGUUCGGAGCACUCCCAAGGCUUGCACCCUGAAACAGCCUGGUAUAGAUGCUGCACUCUUUCUUCACUCCACUUUGGCUCUUUGCAAGAAGGCCUCCGUGUUCUGCAAUAGCAGUUUGCAUUGACAAAAGCAAAAUUGUAGUAGUCUUCUGAUGAGCAUACAGUGCAGUUUGGUGGUGUCCCUCUGAGUCCUUGUCUGAUGUAGCCCCUACAUUCUAAAUUCCUUUCCCCUUAUCUGCUAAAUGAGAGUGUUCUGUCACUCCAUGUUUCCUCUUUAAAGUGUAGCAAUGGUCAGAAAAGUGACAGAGUAAAAAGUUCACCUUCAUAUUCAACAGAUCAACUUCCUGUGUGUCUGAUUUCAUACCUGCUUGCUUUAUUGGCCUGUGCAUUUUUAUUCAUAGUGACUAUGCGGAGCUUACACAGCUCUGGAAGAGCGAACUGGAUUCCAUUCUGCUUUAUGAAUCUUUAGCUAAACUUUUGAGUUCCAAUGGUGGAAUUGUUAUUGCUGGUGACAACAUGAUAGGCAGAACCCAGCUGUGUUUUCAUAUCCCAGGUGGCGUUUCCAGCACUGGCAGUUAGCAAAACCGGCCUCUGUUGACUUGGAGUACAUUUGCUGUGGGAGACCGAGAAUGCAAAGGAAGCUCCUGAUGGGAUUUCUGGUGUUAUUUUUCAGACUGUUAAUACACUUUUAAAGUGGAUCAUUUGUUGGGAGAGAAUCCCAUUCUGUACAGAGCAAUGUGGCGAAUAGUAUCGUGCAUUAAAAGAGGGAACCAAGGCAGUUGGAAGUCAAUAAAAGGUGGUGGUGGAAAAUUCUUUGACACAAUUGUGCUUUCGUCUGAACUCUACCACGAGAGUAUUCAGCAAAGGCUUCACAGCUGGACCAUGUUGGAAAAUUCCCAAAGCAGAACUAAUAUUAGAUACCCAGGCAAUAUCAAUAUACUAUUUUUAUCCUUUAUCAUGGAGUAAAUUCAAGUCACUCCAUAGUGCUGUUAUUGAGCAAUAUUUAAUGUGUCAGCUAAGAGGUAAAAGGUGGAGAAAUUGAUUAGGGUAGGUCCAAGCGCACUGAGCUCCGGAUUGCAGGAACCGCAAGAGGCCCAUAGGCUAGAAUGACCCGCUAUGGCUUGGGAACACUUUCAAGACGGCAUGUUACAGAAAUGGACUAGGUGGCUCUCAGUAGACAACGUGAUGUCCCUUUGGAGUUGGUAAAGCACUAUGAAGAAGAGCUGAGUUAUGGGAAGUUCUUGGACAGGUUGAGUCCUAAAGUGAAAAAUGGCAAUGCUGGGUAGAAGGAUAGGUUAAAGCUUCGAUUACCUUGUUGCUGAAGGGGGAAAAGAGGGUGGCAUGGCUACUCUCUCAAUGAAAGAGCCAUCAUGGCAUUGUGUUUGGACAUCCCUUUCAGAGGAGAAUUUAUGAAGAGCAUCUGGAGCUCCAGAGGACAUGUCCUUGGUCUGCCAUGGCUUGUCUGGAGUAUCCUGAACUUUUUCUGGGACCGAGGGCACUUUUUACUGCUGAAGACCAGAUCCAGGUUCUGCAGAUGUAGAGAGAGGAGGAAAUAAGGCCAGUUUCAGUUUACCUAGUCUUUCAGAUGGUCUGAGCUAACUCUUGCUGAAUUCAGUGGGAGUCUGUCACUGGGAUUUGUCAGGCUCUAUGAGCACUGCUGAGUUUAAGUAGGUCAGAGGCAGUCUGCCUGACUUGCCUAUUGCUAACAACCAAGGUUGUUUCUGUAGUCCUCCAGUGAACCUUUUGGUGGGGAACAAUGUGAUUGUUUUUGUUUUUUUUCUCCCCGCCCUCCCCCCCCUUUGCCCCAAAGGCACCAAGGAUGUAGGUGCCCAACUCUCUUUGGAAUAAGGACAACUAACUCCCUGGGGCUCCUUUGGUAAAACCCAACCCUUGUAUAUAAACUAAUGGAGGCCGGAGGAGAAAUGGCUGCCUGAUGAAGGAAAUCAGGACACCUUUUCUAGUGUCAGUCAAGGUCAUGUCAAUGAACCUAAAUGCUUGCCUGAUGUUAAAUUACUAUUGUAAACAUGGGACGAUAUUUACCUCUUUCUAAAGGUCACUAUAUGUGAUUUCAGAUGUUUGUCUAGCUAAAUAUUUAUAUAGGUUUAUUUCAGUUAAGACUUUAAGAGAACUUGAUGUAACUCAUCUCUAUAGUGUGUGUGUGUGUGUAUAUAUAUAUAUAAAUUGUGUAGGUGGUAAUUAGUUACAACAUAGCUUAAAUGAUUUUGGACUAUCUCAUUUUAGGUUUCUGUUGAAGCACGGCUAGCCAUUAACCACUACAUGGAAGUAAUACAUGUUGUGUGUGUCUUACACUGUAGAGUUCCAGUCUGGUUGCUGUUGUAACCUGGUCAGUGUUUGCAGCUCUCUGUGUUGCAUAGUCUUAAAGUUGCUUUGGCAGAGAAUGGUUUUUAAAGGCCCUUUUUAUUUUAUAGAAAAUGGAGAAACACUACUAUAGAACAUUCAUGUUAAAUUUAACUUACUACUCAGCAAAAUACACUUUAAGUACGAGUUUAAUCAAACCAAUAGAGAGCAAGUAAACUAAAGGCAUUUUUACUGGAACAUGCCACAACGCGGAGAAAUACCUUGCUUGUGACAAAUUACAGUCUCCUUACUCUGCUGACCAUAAUUCUUUUUGGGGAGGUUCCAUUUGAGAACCCACAAAGCUCAGCUGAUCAAAGGCUGUCCCCAGCUCCUUUCUCCCUCUGGGUCUGCUCUUCUGAGAGAGAGGAAUCACUUGUGUAGAACUACAUGCCUAUAUGGCCCUCUCAGCAAGCUGAACAAGGGACAAGGUCCGUCUCACCAGAAGGAGUAAGUUGGAACUGGAUGUGACUUUUUCAGCAAAAGGCUGAAAUGAUUGCAGACCCUUUUUAUAAUCCUUGCUAGUUUAUAACACUAAGUUGCAUACAUCAGACUUUAUUCCAAGCACAAACUGACUUAAUGUCAGUAAAUGAGAGCACAAGCUGGAGUGUAUUUGGAGAGCCAGUUUUGUAAGUAUAUCCUCUGAAUUACUGUUGAUAAUGUAAUUUCAUCAGGGUGGAGAUUGUGGAUUUAAGAUUUCUCUUUUCAGUUUCUGCUUCUGCCGGUUUUGUAUGUGGCUUUGUAAGAACCAUGCAAUCACCAGGCCAUUGAUGAAAAUGUUGAUUUAGAAUUUGCCCUUGUGACCAAAAGCUUCCAUUAAAAAAAAUGGUAAUGCAAGUUUGGAUGGACAAUAGGAACUGUUACAUGUUACAAUAGGAACUGUUGUUAUUAAAUAUGUUCUUGUAUAAAUCCACCCCUGAGAGCUCUGUUUGGGAAGAGGGCAGGGGUGAUAGGCCUUUCUUGAUAAACUAAACAGUAAUAAGUCACCAGGACCAGGUGGUAUUCAUCUCAAGGAACUCCAAUGUGAAAUUGCAUGACUACUAACUGUAAUCCGUAAUCUAUCAUUUAAAUCAGCUUCUGUACCAAAUGACUGGAGGAUAGCUAAUGUGACUCCAAUUUUUAAAAAGGGCUCCAGAGGCGAUCCUGGCAAUUACAGACAAGCCUGACUUCAGUACUGGGCAAACUGGUUGAAACAAUAGUAAAGAACAAAAUUGUCAGAUACAUGGAUGAACAUAAUUUGGGGAAUAGUCAACAUGGUUUUUGUAAAGGGAAAUCAUGUGUCUCCAAUCUACUAGAAUUCUUUGAGGGGGUCAACAAGCAUGUGGACAAGGGGGAUCCAGUGGAUACAGUGUACUUAAAUUUUCAGAAAGCCUUUGACAGGGUCCCUCACCAAAGGCGCUUAAGUAAAAUAAUUCAUCAUGGGAUAAGAGGGAGGGUCCUCUCAUGGAUUGGUAACUGGUUAAAAGAUAGGAAACAAAGGGUAGGAAUAAAUGGUCAGUUUUCAGAAUGGAGAGAGGUAAAUAGUGCUGUCCCCCAGAGGUCUGUACUGGGCUCAGCCCUAUUUAACGUAUUCAUAGAUGAUCUGGAAAAAGGGGUAAACAAUGCGGUGGCAAAAUUUGCAGAUGAUAAACUACUCAAGAUAGUUACGUCCCAGGCAGACCGAAGAGCUACAAAAGGAUCUCUCUGAACUGGGUGACUGGGCAACAAAAUGGCAGAUGAAAUUCAAUGUUGUUAAAUGCAAAGUAAUGCACAUUGGAAAGCAUAAUCCCAACUAUACAUAUAAAAUGAUGGGGUCUAAAUUAGCUAUUACCACUCAAGAAGAGAUCUCGGGAGUCAUGGAUAGUUCUCUGAAAACAUCCACUCAAUGUGCAGCGGCAGUCAAAACCGUGAACGAUGUUGGGAAUCAUUAAGAAAGGGAUAGAUAAUAAUAGGACAGAAAAUAUCAUAUUGCCUCUAUAUAAAUCCAUGGUACACCCACAUCUUGAAUACUGCGUGCAGAUGUGGUCACCCCAUCUCAAAAAAAAAAAAACAUUUUGGAAUUAGAAAAGUUUCAGAAAAGAGCAACAAAAAUGAUUAGGGAUAUGGAACUGCUGCGGUAUGAGGAGAGAUUAGGAAGACUGGGACUUUUCAGCUUGGAAAAGAGAUGUCUAAGGGGAGGGAUGUGAUAGAGGUCUAUAAAAUCAUGACGGGUGUGGAGAAAGUAAAGAAGGAAGUGUCAUUUAUUCCUCAUAAUACAAACUGGGGGCCACCAAAUGAAAUUAAUUGGCAACAGGUUUAAAACAAAGGGAAGUAUUUUUUUCACGCAACGCACAGUCAACUUGUGGAACUCCUUGCCAGAGGAUGUUGUGAAGGCCAAGACUAUAACAGGGUUCAAACAAUAACUAGAUAAAUUCAGGGAGCAUAGGUCCAUCAAUGGCUAUUAGCCAGGAUGGGCAGGGAUGGUGUCCCUAGCCUCUGUUUGCCAGAAGCUGGGAAUGGGUGACGGGAUAGAUCACUUGAUGAUUACCUGUUCUGUUCAUUCCCUCUGAGGCACUUGGCAUUGGCCACUGUCGGAAGACAGGAUACUGGGCUAGAUGGACCUGACCCAGUAUGGCUGUUCUUAUGCUCUUAAGAGAGAAGGUGUCACUGGUGAAGUUCAGUCAAUAUAAAGGGGAAUCUUGCUUUGUCCCCCAAUAAUGAUGACUCCCAGAAUCUAAUGUGCAAGCCCCUUUGUCCGGAGGUCCAAAGUAGACAGAUACAAGGAAGGCAACACAGGCAACAUGGCGCAGUGACCGGCUGUCUCAGGGAAGAAAAUGAAUCAACACAAUCCACGUUGGUCCUCACCACAACUCAACUCAACAGCCUGGAAUCAUGCAGACAAAAGUCACUGAGUUUUCUUCAGCUCCUAGACAAUAGGAUGAACAUUUUGCAGCUCACUGAAUCCACCUUUGCUACCCUGGAGCCUGCAUACCUGGCUGCCCCAAGCUUCCAAGCUUUUUUGCCUUUGAAAGCCUUUGAGCUGGGCCUUUUUCACCCCACCCACUGGGAACACGGCAGCCUGUGGUUUCCCUGAGCGGGAUGCAGACUAACCUAAUUGCAGGCAGCUUUUAGGGUAGUCUCUUUUGUUUCCCAUUUUUAAAGGGAAGCCCACAGGUUUCCCGUUUGUGAAGCCAGGAUCCAGCCUACCCGACAUGACUGGAUUGGGUGUUCGUGAAGGGCUCAGGUGUUUAGGUGCAAUCACUCUGGCAGUGCAAAGUAUCCUUGUUAUGCUGGAUAAUAAAGCUGUGGUUCAAGACAGCUUAAGGGGUUUGUGUCAGAUACAUGCUUUCUAUCGAUGCUACUGUCAUGGAGGCGAUAGUCUGCUUAGGCUCUUCACGGGCCAGUCCUCUUCUCGUACAACCCUUAUUUCAAGUACAGUCUUAUACCUUUCUAGACCCUAGAGUAAUGUGAAGAGAGCCUGCCAACAAAGGAUUAUUGUAUGCAUCAUCCCUUGCAUGAGCCAGUUCGCUGCCUCUCCCUGUUGCAUCAGAUUGUCUUGGUCCUGACAUUUUCAUUUCUCACUUGAUAACAAUUGCAGUAAUAGUCUAAAGGUAAUUCUGUGCUGCAGACAAAGAGCAGCUGCUGUUCAGUUGGUGUCUCUUAAAUUAUGUCCUGCUGCCUGCAAAGUGAAUUUAAACAUCCUGAUUCAUAAUAAACCUAUUAAAAUGCCAUCAGGAUUCAGCCACCAACCACAACAGAUCAGCUGUUUUGCAGCUCUUUGUGGGGAGGUGAAGGCCAUCUUUGUUAUACUUGUUAUAUAUAUUGUUAUACUUUCCUAAGGUAUUUAAUUCACUCCUGGUGGAGCAGGGCAUGAAGCCUAGAGGUUUGUGACAGAAGCAGCAAGAUACUAAAUUGAAUAUUUUCAUGCAGUUUGCACUGUGCUCUCAGGAAAGCUACAGAGCUGGGAGGAUCUCUGUCCCAGUUUUGGGCUGCAGACAUAAGGAGACCAUGUAAUGAGAGCAGGUAGCUAAUACUGUUUCUGGGUUGAUUUGUGAAUACUGAAUUCAUUUCCAGGCAACUUCUCAUUAGAAAGAUGGGGACAAAUGGGAAGGAGCUUGGAGAAGAGAAGCUAAAAUGAUCAUGGACCUGGAGAAAGAGAUGUGUGAGGAAAGAUUAAGAGUUUAAAACAUACAGCUUGGCAAAGAGACUCCAAAGGCUGGGGCUGUAGGUGGGAAGGGAAGGCAGGCAUAAUACCACAAAUAUUUGAACUCUACAAAUACCAUGGAGUCAGCUUGACUUAUUUGGGGUGUAUAAGUAGGAGUAAUGGGAUAAAUGUGAAAGGGUAUUACUAAGUUGUUUGAUUAAUUAUUAAAAGCUAAGUUUUCUGACGGAGCUUGCCCUGCCUUUUUGUUUAGAUGUUUUAAAAAUAACUUUUCUCCUCUGAUGUUUAGAAGGAUUUUGCAUGGUGCUGAGGGUAAUGCCAAAUGCACUUCAGCCCUCUCCCUUUCUCAAUGUGCAUGUGUCUGCCUGCUGCCUUUUUGGUUUCAGCUCUGCUGCUGUAGCUGGUAACCACACUUGUGCUGUGCCUAGGACAGGGCUUGCAUUGUCAAUGCUGACUUGGAUGCAAAGUGGACAAACUGAAAAAAAAAAAAAGUUUUUUCUCUCAUACAGUGGUGGUGAUCGUAGGGAUAACAAUAACAGCAAUAAGAACAAAACUUGGGUGGCCGUGGUUUGUGAUGCCCUUCUUUAAAAGGGUUGAAUAUUGAAGAGCUGACUCAUUCCUGACAGUGAGAUCUAUUAGAGUAUGAAACUGUUUCCAAGGAAAAUAGUGGAAACCCUAAUUUGCUUGGGACACUGAUAGCUCAGCUGGAUUAGUAAAGUUAAAAGCAUAAUAGUGACUUGGCAGGGGGAUGGACUGAAUGACCUGAUACAAGAGGUUUCUUCUACCUCUAAUUUCUAGCAUGAAUGUUCUCCCUCUGCAGUUGUUUGACAGUAUCUCAUAAGGGCUUAGUUUCCCAGUGACUACUCAUUCAUGGCUAACUAAAUUAGCUGAACGUGCUUAAAAGAUUUAUCUCCUCACUGUAUUUUCCACUGAAUGCAUCCGAUGAAGUGAGCUGUAGCUCACGAAAGCUUAUGCUCAAAUAAAUUGGUUAAUCUCUAAGGUGCCAUAAGUCCUCCUUUUCUAUUUGCCACUUAGUUUUCCUGAAGCAGUUGUUUUUAAAGCUGAAAGGCAAAAUAAAAAAUAGAUAAGGUCCUUUA